AAGCCUUUCGCUUUCCUCAUGCAUGGGCUCGCUGUUAUUCUUAUUUUUCCUGGCACCGGCUGUGGCACCAGUAACUGGCUCGUUUGUCGGUCUCUGUGUCAGAAGCGACAGGGCAGCCUCAUGAGUACCCAGUACCGUCAAGUCAUAGCCCCGGCCGUGUUCCUGCUACUGGGAAUAGCAGGGAUUCUACUGGUCGUCAUCCCGAUUGACGACGUGAGGGAACCUCCACAAUUCAUGUAUGGAGUUGUCCUGGAUGCUGGCUCGUCCCACACUGCCAUGUACAUCUACAAGUGGCCAGCUGAUAAACAAAAUGGCACUGGCAUUGUCACUCAGCACAGCGAGUGCCAUGUCAAGGGAGGAGGGGUAUCCAGCUAUGCAGGUGAGCAAGGGGGUGCAGGACGCAGUCUGGAACCCUGUCUGGAUCAGGCUUUGAAAGACAUCCCCAAAUCCAGACACCACCUCACCCCAUUGUAUCUGGGAGCCACAGCGGGUAUGAGGCUUCUGAAUAUAUCCAAGCCCAUAGAGUCAGAGAAGAUACUAAAGGAAGUUGGCAGCAAGCUGCAUACUUAUCCUUUCGACUUCAGAGGGGCGACCAUCUUGAGUGGACAGGAGGAGGGGGCAUAUGGCUGGGUCACUGUAAACUAUCUGUUAGAGAACUUUAUCAAGUAUGGCUUUGCGGGGCAUUGGCUUAGUCCUGGCAGAGAUACAGUGGGUGCUCUGGACUUCGGAGGCGCCUCCACUCAGAUUACCUUUGAGACUGCAGACGUGGUGGAGGACAAGAGUAAUGUCAUGGAGCUGCGUCUUUAUGGUAGAGACUACCACCUAUACACACAGAGCUUCCUGUGCUACGGCAGGGACCAGGUCUUACGCAGACUGCUGGCUCACUUGGUCAAGAAUCAAGGUGCUGGGCCCCAUGUAUCACACCCCUGCUAUCCAGCAGGUUUCAAUGUCUCCAUGAAGUUGGACAAGGUGUUUGACUCCCCAUGCACGGUAGACCAAAUGCCCACUCCCUACAGCCCCCAGGACCCCCUGACGGUGAUUGGAACUGGGCAUUACCAGCACUGCCUGGGCAACAUGUCCAAGAUAUUCUCCUUUGACAGGUGCUCUUUCUCCAAGUGCUCCUUUGAUGGAGUCUUUCAGCCCAACGUCACUGGUAGCUUCAUGGCGUUUUCUGCCUUCUUCUACACUCAUGUCUUCCUGCAGCGCACCACUGGCAUCACUGUAACAUCCCCCACUCUACUGGAGGGAGCCACCCACACUGUCUGCAACAUGGGCUAUCAGGAAGUACUGUACUGCUGGGCUCAGCUGACUGACUCAGGCUAUUCUUUGACAAUUUAUCUAUGUAAUACACUUUCGUUGAAACAAUGGUUUUCUCUUAUUUUCACAACACGUGCUAUCUAGAACCUAAAAGGGUUAUUCGGCUGUCCUCAUAGGAGAAACCUUUGAAGAACCCUGGUUCCAGGUAAAACGCUUUUGGUUCCAGGUAGAACCCAUUUGUGUUCCAUGUAGAGACCUUUUGAGUACCAUGUAGAACCCUUUCCACAGAGGGUUUUACAUGGAACCCAAAAGGGUUCUCCGUGGAAACAAAAAGGGUCCUUUGGGUACAGUCGAAGAACCCUUUUGGAGACCUUUUUUUUAAAGAGUGUACAGUGAAUCUCGUAUUACAGCAACUGAGUCAAAUAGCAUAAGAGGGUGGAUGUUCUCCCAAAUGUUGAAUGCUGGGAAGAAAAUAUCUACUUAGGCUGUGAGGGUGAGCCUUAAUUAUGUUACCUGGAGGGUAGCAGGCACUGCACAGGAUUAUCAUCUGAGUGAAAGGAGAUCUAAUAGUCAGGGAAUUUAAUUCCAUUACUGGUAUUUUGGAUGUUUUCUGAGAACUUAUGAAAAUGUCCUGUUGAUGUGUGUAUCAAAGGAUGCAGGUGGGAGGAGCUAUUGUAAUGGCUGGAAUUUUGUAUUAUUAUUUAUCGGGAGCCAUUUGAUUUUAGGGCUCCCGAGUGGCACAGCGGUCUAAGGCAAUGCAUCUCAGUACUAGCGGCGUCACUACAGACACCCUGGUUGGAAUCCAGCCGUGAUUGGUGGCGCACAAUUGGCCCAGCAUUGUCCGGGUUUAGCCCGGUGUAGGCCGUCAUUGUAUAUAAGAAAUUGUUCUUUACUGAUUUGCCUAGUUAAAUAAAGGUUACAUUUAAAACCGAAAGGUUGCUAGAUCGAAUCUUCGAGUUGACGAGGUAAAAAUCUGUUGUUCUGUCCCUGAACAAGGCAGUUAACCCACUGUUCCUAGGCCGUCAUUGUAAAUAAGAACUUGUGCUUAACUGACUUGCCUGGGUAAAUAAAAAAUAUUGGGGAGAGCCGUUGUGCUGUGAGGUGUUUUUUUAAACCAGGCUUGCUGUUCAUUUACGCUAUAUGAGAUGGGAGUUCCAUGCAAUCAUGGCAUGUAUAAUACUGUACAUUUAAUUUAAUUUGUUGUCUGGAAUGGAAUCAAUAGAAACAAAGUGUUUAACUCCGUUCCAUAGAUUCCGUUAGUCUUUACAAAGAUCCCAUCCUCUUAUAGCUCCUCUCACCAGCAAGUGAACAGAGGAAUACUAAGAAUUCUAUGAAAUGAACAAUGUCAUCUUUUUCUAACCCCCCUCCACAUAAACAGAUGCUAGAGAAGGCCCCAGACCAGAAAGGUCGUCUACAGGAUUACUGUGCAGCCUCUGUCUUUAUCCAGGUCCUCAUGCUCCAAGGGUAUGGCUUUGAUGAGCUCUCCUUCCCUCGGAUCUCUUUCCAGAGAAAGGCGGGAGACACCUCUAUUGGCUGGGCCCUGGGUUACAUGCUGAGUCUGAGCAGUCUGUUGCCAGGGGAGAGCAUGGGACUGAGGAAGGCUCUGCGCCCCGAGGCCUGGGCUGGUCUCAUCUUCCUCUUUGUCAUCCUCAUCCUCAUUGUGUCUGGAUAUCUUCUACUAAAGAUCUGCCAAAAGAAGGACAGUGACAGCAUCAUCUAAGGUCUUCAAAGCACCAUUUGGUUACUGUUCUCCCCAAACAGAAUUAUGCACUUAUCAGUCCUAGAGUUUGUCAUUCCAAUGUCACAUAUUUUAGAGGAGGCUACAGGAGAACAGUGUAUAUCCAAAUUUACAAAGAGAUAUUUCAUUUGAAGUCAGAUGUAUUGUUGACCAUUUAUACUACAUUUUGUACAAGUGUUUGAUAUUUGGUAAUGUUUAAAUGAUUUAAUGUCAUGUACUGUAAUUCCAAACCAUUCUAUCUCGAGUACAUGUUUUAUAAUCAAGGAAACUGAGGAUAGAUUUGUAGUAGCCUAUAUGCAGGUAUGUGAGAGGUUAAAUUUAAGUGCUUACAAUGCUGUAAUGCAAGUUAGCCAUCUGAAUUCAUGAAUUGUUUUUUUUGUGCGGUUGUUAGACUGUGUUAACUCAGGACUCUGUUGUUUGUGUGUGUCAUUCUUUGCUAGCAUGUCAUAACAUUUUAAAUGAGUUACAUUUAUUGCUUUUUCCUUGUUGAUAAUCUGUCAUUUUGACAGACCGUACCAAAGCAAGACUAAAAAGAAAAGGGAACCAAAAUAAUAAAAAUCGAUGAAAACCACAAUUUAUUAUGUAUUCUCUGGCUGAUGUGACCUCUAUGAGUAGUCAUGGUGGUCAUAUCAAUGUUUUGACAUUACGGUGACAGCUAAACAUUUUGCUUUAUUAAAAAAAAUCAAUUUUUAAUUGGAAAAUCACUUCAUAGAGUCCUUAGACUUAGAUAGUCUUGUUCAUGUCCCUGUUGACUGUUCCUAAUUCAUGUUGUAUUCUUGAAAUGGUUGACGAAAUCCGGGAUCCCAUAUGUCAUUCUAUGGAGAAGCGGAAAUAAUUGCGUUUCGGAUUGUUUGUGCACAUCGGCCUCUUUACUGGGUGCACUGCUUACAUGAAUCGUGCGUCAUUAGCUAAAAAAUAAAUUAUCGAACUUGUAGUCAUUCGUUUACGAAUAUAUUGCAUUAUUCGCCCUAUGUUUCUUUAAUUAAAUGUAUGUGUAGUUAUAUCGUACACAAUUUAAAAUGUUUGCGGGCCUACCUGAACUUGGGAUAUCCAAUGGCGAGGAUCUAAAAGAAACAUUGACUAACUGCACAGAGCCUCUGAAAGCCAUUGACCAGUUUCAGACAGAAAAUGGCAUUUUGUUGCCAACUCUUCAGUCAGCUCUUCCCUUCCUGGACCUUCACGGGACUCCUCGGUUGGAGUUUCACCAGUCGGUCUUUGACGAGCUUCGUGACAAGUUGAUGGAGCGAGUCGCCACUAUCGCAGAGGGCAAGGAUGAGGAACGUUAUGGUAAACUUGAAGAGCUUCUAGAGAAGAGUUUUCCACUGGUGAAGAUGCCCUCCAUUCAGCCAGUGGUCAUGCAGGUUCUGAAACAUCUUCCAAAGGUUCCAGAGAAAAAGCUGAAGCUUGUAAUGGCUGAUAAGGAACUGUAUAAGGUCUGUGCUGUUGAGGUGAAGAGGCAGAUCUGGCAGGACAACCAGGCUCUCUUCGGGGAUGAGGUUUCGCCCCUGCUCAAGCAGUAUAUUGUGGAGAAGGAGGCAGCACUUUUCAGCAGUGAUCUCUCUAUUCUGCACAACUUCUUCAGCCCCUCCCCCAAAGCAAGACGCCAAGGAGAGGUAGUCUUGAAGUUGACCCAGAUGAUUGGGAAGAAUGUGAAACUGUAUGACAUGGUACUUCAGUUCCUGCGAACCCUCUUCCUGCGUACGCGUAACGUCCACUAUUGCACCCUGCGUGCAGAGCUGCUCAUGUCCCUCCAUGACCUGGACAUCAGUGAGAUCUGUUCAGUAGACCCCUGCCACAAGUUCACCUGGUGCUUGGAUGCCUGUAUCCGUGAGAAGUUUGUGGAUGCCAAGCGAGCCCGGGAAUUGCAAGGUUUUCUGGAUGGAGUGAAGAAAGGACAGGAGCAAGUACUUGGGGACCUGUCCAUGAUCCUGUGCGACCCAUUUGCCUGUAACACCCUGGUUUUGAGUACGGUCCGAAACUUGCAAGAAUUGCUCAGCCAGGACGCUCUACCCAGAGACAGUCCAGACCUGAUGCUGCUGCUUAGAAUGCUGUCUCUUGGACAAGGGGCUUGGGAUAUGAUUGACAGCCAAGUCUUUAAAGAGCCCAGAUUGGAACUGGAGGUUGUAACCCGUUUUCUACCAGCCAUGUUGUCAGUAGUUGUGGACGACUACACCUUCACCGUAGAACAGAAGCUCCCCAGUGAGGAGAAGACCUCCCUCACUUAUCCCACAGCCCUGCCUGAUGCCUUCAACAAGUACCUGCAGGAGAACAGGGUGGCAUGUGAGAUAGGUCUCUACUACACACUCCACAUUGCCAAGCAGAGGAACAAGAAUGCCUUACAACGGUUACUUCCCGCUUUGGUGGAGACCCACAACGAAAUGGCCUUUGGGGACAUCUUCCUGCACCUCCUGACAGGGCACCUCACCUUGCUCUCUGAUGAGUUUGGGACUGAAGAGUUCUGCUCUGCCGUGUUUGAUGGCUUUCUCCUCGCCUCUUUCUCCAGUAAAGAGAAUGUCCACAGACACACCCUACGCCUGUUGCUUCACCUUCACCACAAAGUGUUGCCAUCUUAUGUGGAGACCUUACUGAAAACCCUGGAACCCCCAAAACAGAGCAGUGAACAGGUGAAGGAGUUGUACACCCAGCUGACAGAGAAACUGGAGGCCCAAAAGAAGAGUCCUGCCCAGCCAGACGAAGCCCCCUCUCUUGACCUGGGGCUCCAUCCUGUUACUGUGCCCACGACAGCCUCCACUCCAACCACACCACUUUGAGAGGAGGAGGUAGGACGCAUCGAAAGAAACAAACCUAGUGGUUUGAAAAAAGGAUGCUGAUAUUACAUGUAGAAUUGAGGUCGGCUCAUGAAAAUGUAAAAGAAAAGAAAAAAAACGUCAUAAUGAACAUUACAAUAUGCAAUUUCCUCUAUGGUUACUAUGGUCAAGGUUUAGUUUGUUUUCUAAUGCUUGGUUCUUUUUUUAAAGGUAUUUUUAAGGAAUGGGGCAGUCCCACUCCUUUUGUCAUUUGUUUUGCUUUAUUGAAGAGAUGGUAAAGUGUAUGAAGACGGAGGCUGGACCAAACUGGCCACAGUGCUUGUUUUAUUUUAAAGCGGUCUAUUUUUAAGCAGUCUUCCAGCUUUACAAAUGUAAUUCGAUGGCAGUUAUUACUUUUAUUAAUAUGUAGUCUUGCUAAAGUAUGUUUUAAUAUGUACUGUAGCUAUCUAUCUAGACUGAAUGUCAAUGUGUGUAGGCCUACUGUUGUUUGGUUUGUGUCAGUGGUGAAUCAAGCUGUAAAUAAAAUCACUAUUUAGAAAUUAA